CCCUUGUUUCUGCUUGUGCUUGUAUAACGCGUGCAAGCUAAUAUAACCUAAAUUGGUCUGCACCUUCUUUAAAUUAAUAAAGAAUACAUAAAAGAAUAAAAUAAGUGAAAGGGCAGUGUAUAUCCAAGAAACUUAUGAAAUCAAUCUUAGAUUGAAGAUAUUUUUGAAAAUAUCUAAUUAAAAAAAAGAUAUUAGAAGUAAGUUGAUUGAGAGAAUAGUUGCGAAAUCGAACGUCAUCAAUAUUAUUAUAAAAUAAUGACAGAAUAUCCAUCUAUUAAUGUUCGAUUAGCAGUAAAUAGGGUAGAUUUUAACUUGAUAACGAACGAAGGCAUCCAGCCGCGGCUUUAUACUCCUGGAGAGGAAAUAUCCAGUCAACCAGACUUUUUGAGAGGUCAUGGAACUUACGUUGAUGAGGGAAAAACACUACGUGCGUCAGUCGCCGGAGUCCUAGAAAAAGUGAACAAACUCAUAUCAAUUAGACCUUUGAAAGCGCGAUACAAUGGUGAAAUCGGAGAUCUUAUUGUGGGAAGGAUAACAGAGGUACAACAAAAACGUUGGAAAGUUGAUAUAAAUUCCAAGCUUGAUGCUGUUUUGCUAUUGUCCAGUGUUAAUUUACCUGGUGGUGAAUUGAGAAGAAGAUCCGCUGAAGAUGAACAGACAAUGCGUAGAUAUCUGCAGGAGGGAGACCUAAUUUGUGCUGAGGUACAGUCAAUUUUUGCCGAUGGUUCACUUUCGCUGCAUACGCGAGUGCUGAAAUAUGGCAAACUCUCGCAAGGAAUAAUGCUAAAAGUGCCACCGAUGCUGAUCCAGCGUAAAAAGACGCACUAUCAUAAUUUAGAUAACGGCGUCACUCUAAUACUUGGUAAUAACGGCUACGUAUGGAUUGGUGCAAACAUUCAGAAUGUUGAUAAAUCGGAGGGUGGUUUUACAGAAGAUUUAUCAAAGAUUCCAGUAGAAAAUCGCAACGUAUGCGCGCGGUUACGUAACUGUAUCUCAAUUUUGGCACAAUGUAAUAUGCUGCUAUCUGAUACUUCCGUAACAUACGCUUACGAAGAAUCUGCUAAGUACGAAAACUUGGAAACAAGUAGUCGGACGGUAGAGCUGAGAAACAUGGACGCAUGUUUCACUGCUUUUGAUAAGGACGGUGACGGAUUCCUGUCGAUUUCCGAAUUUGAUCUUAUAUGUCGUGCAUUGUUUCGAAAUGACCGCGGCAAAAUUUACGGCUUUGAAGAGGAUCAACUACGCGAGGUGUACUCCAUCUUUGAUCUUAAACAUGAUGGCACGAUAGAUAAGGAAGAGUUCGAGUUUUGCUGGAAUCGAUGGAUCAAGAUAUGCACGCGUCCCAAAAGUGCCUUUUUAAUCGUAGACGUGCAAAAUGAUUUUAUAACGGGUUCCUUAAACAUAACGCAAUGCGCUGCGCAACAUGAUGGUUCGGAAGUGAUCGAGCCUAUUAAUCGAUUGCUAGAAACCAUACCGUUUGAUGCAGGCGUGUUUUAUUCCCUAGACUGGCAUCCCGUGGAUCACGUAUCCUUCAUCGAUAAUUUACACCUCAGGGAAGUGGACAUCAGCAGCAGUAUUUCAAAAGAAGCUGCACGAGUAUAUGACACAGUGACGUUCCGAGGACCGCCGACGCUGAAGCAACGUCUUUGGCCACGCCACUGCGUACAGGAUUCAUGGGGCGCUGAAUUGCAUAAGGAUCUCAAGAUUGUCGACAACGCGAUAAAGAUUUACAAGGGUACGAAUCCAGAGGUGGACUCGUACUCGGUAUUCUGGGAUAACAAGAAGUUGACCCAAACGACGUUGUCGUCACAGCUGCAGGCUAAAGGCGUCACCGAUAUCUACAUCUGCGGGCUGGCUUACGACGUUUGCGUGGGUGCUACCGCGGUAGAUGCGCUCACUAGCGGAUAUCGCACUAUCCUAAUCGAUGAUUGUAGCCGCGGCGUCGAUCUCGUUGAUAUUGAGAAGACCAAGGCUACCGUGAUAGCCAGCAAUGGUGUGAUAGUAAACUCCAGUCAAGUGAAAGCGAUGGUGGAGGGACGAGAUCGGCGACCGGAACUUGGCUAUAAACUCGCACUGGAGAUCAAACAUAAAUUGAAUCUCGAUGAUGAAUAAUUAUAGUAACAGUAUAGUAUAUCUAGGCGCUACAAAUUAUUAAAAUAGAAAAACCAUAAAUCUUAUUUUGAGAAAGAUUUCUUAUAGGCUCAAUAUGAUUAUAGAUAGAAAGAAAUGUGUUGUAAAAAUAGAUUAGAAUAAAAAUGUAUUUUUUGCCAAAUAUUAAAGUAAAUGUUAGAU